GUUCGGCGCCAGUCAUCGGCUUGACGGAACAUCGCAGAUUGCUCACCUAUAAUUUAAGUGCUCAAUGAAUUGCCUCUGCUCCGUUGUGCGGUUAAUUAUCGGGUGCUGUUUAAGCUGCAAGUUUCUGUUAGUCAGAACCGCGUAUGCUAAACCUUGACCGCGCCCACGCGCUGCCUAAAAGUCCAAUACAUUUAAUCCGCAAACGUGACGCAAGUGAAUUUUUGAUGGCCAAUGCCACUGCGCAAGUCAGUCACUCUCUCACAAUACAAAUCGAAUGGAAGUGAUGGGGGUGGAACUGGGAUUCGAAAACUCAAUAGGUGUCUUUCCCACACCACGAGCCCAGACAAGAGUUGAGCGCGUGUCAAAACUUCUCAACACGACUCAGCUCAAAGGAGAAACUGAAAUUGAUAGCACGCACGACAAAUAAAUAUAUAUUUUAUUAUAUUUGAUUAUUAAACAAGCGUUGUGCGCGAGGAAAUGACUACCAUUAACCAGAGGGAGUUGAGCACAAACGGCGGAGGCUUGGAUUCCCCCGCAGAAGAGUCGUUGCUGAUUACGGGCAACAGUUUUUGCUUAACGCCAGGAAACCAAGUCGGGAUUGGUGUCCAGAAGAAAGCAACUACUGGAGCGGAUCUGAACAGUACACACAAAGCCAUGGAUGUCUCCAAGCGCAAGAAACUAAGGUCGCGUAACGUACCACCUUCUCCGUUGGCCCAAAAAACGGAUGCAAUGUCGGCUUCUCUUAACCAGCCGAACUUCGGUGAGGUCAAUAGAACCGAUCUCAAUUAUUCCAGGGAUCACCUUGAUGCCUGGUUGGAGAAUUGUUUACGCGAUGCUACCAACGCCCAAUUGUCUUCUUCAUCAGAAUUUUUAGACUUCAUACCGCCCACAGCACCAGCUCACAAGCAAAUGUUUUUGACUCAACAGCAGCAGCUGCCGCAGCUUAAACAGCAACUACAGCAGCAGAGACAAUAUGAAUUGUCGAGGCCUACUCAGCCGUAUAGAGUGGGUCCAGGCACGCCCUUUAGCAUGGGGAUACAGCGCAAUUCGAACUCUCUUAGUCAUCGAUAUCCGAUGCUGUUUCCACCCCAGAGCCUUAACAGCUAUGGUAUGUCCUACGGUGGCGAUGGUGGCCAGGAGUUUGCAAGCUUACCUCCCCUAAACGACAUCAUGGGAGGACCGGAAGGGCUUGAAUCCGAGCACGAACCGAAUUCCACGGAUGUGCUGAAUGGCAGCGGAAGCCAUUCCAACAUUGGCAAAGGAUUUCGGUUCAGCGAUCCGUGCCUACUGAACCCCUCCGAUAACGACGUUAAGCUGAGUGGUCAGAAUUCACCAGAUUGUCGAAAUGUCAACAACAAUGACAGUGGCUGUGAUUUGGCACAUCAAAACAAGUUUUUCGCGGCUCUAAUGGAGCAAAUAAACAUAUUGCAUGACACAAACUCCAAGAUCUGCCGGAAUUUGCACGAUACAAAAGUUGAUAUCGAAGCUUUAAAGCACGCCCCUAAUAGCCAGCCCUGGGCAGGUGUCGGUAUUGGGGGCAUGCGGCACCGUAGAGAUAGCUUAAGCGGACUAAGCACACAAAGUCAACCUAUUAUUCUAGGCAGUGGAUUGGGAGGGACACGGAGCCCAGCGUUAACAGUUCAUUCAGGCGCUUACACUCCAGGAGUGAUGACUGAUGUCGUGCGGGAAGUGAGGGAGGCAGCGCGCGUACGCGAAGAUGCACUGUUAAGUCGAGUCAAAUUAAUGGUUGAAGAACGUCAGUGUUCCUUAAACGAGGGAAAUAUACGAAUUAUGAGAGAUAUUGAUAAUCUAAGGUCGCAAGUGAUGCAGUUGCAACUAGAGAAAAAGGAGACUAAUAAACGCCUGUCACAUCUGGAAUUGGAAAACAAGUGCAUGCGCCAAGCUCUGGCCAAUUGCUAUAACCAGCGGCAAAUCUAUAAAGACAUUAUAUACGAAAAUGACCGUUCCCACGGAUACCGAAAGCCAUUCCCGAAUGUAAGUGGCGGGGGAGAUGUGGGUUCCGGAGUGCUUGGUAUUCGAAGGGCGCAGUCCUUGAACCUGCACUAUGGAACGAUGCAUCAAACGCCUUUUCAAACGACGCACUCUUUGGAAGAGGACGACGAAAUAGAAGAGGAGCGGUUGGUAGAGCAAGCCGAAUUGGACGCAGAAGAAUCAUCCCUGACUGACAAGUUACCGUGUUCGAACAUCGGGCUUCAGACUCCCUCCACUUUAACUCUACACUCGCAGAUACUUAAAGCAGAACAUCAAACAGAUAGAAGCCCUUCCAUUUCUGACCAGAUCAAUCCGGGAAUUCCACCGCCAUUGCUGCUGCGAAAGAAAAAGCGGGAGCUGAGCGAAGCGGCCUUCGUACCUAAGGAGACAAAUCAACGUAUAAUUGCCCUGGAGAAAAUGAUUGAACACCUAUGUGCCCAGGUGACUGGUAAGUCAAAUUGGAGUCCGAACGUAUCUGGCACAGCAUCUAACCUAGCACAAGCAUCGAAAUUCAGCGUGGCGGACGGUCCGACAACGGACUUAUAGUUUUAGCUACCAGCCGUUUCAAAAGCAAAAGAGCUGCGGCAACGAAAAAUAUGUGUUACUCACUUAUAGCAUUUGGUUGGACGAAAAGUUUCAAAAUGAUAUAUAAUUCAAUAACAUGUGCAUAAGCCCUAACAUAUAUGAACAACAAUGCUUUUAUCACGUGGCCACUGUAAUUUAAAAAAGUUAAAGUUCAUUGCUGUUUGGCGUCGAUAAAACAUCUUUGUAUACUAAAAAAAAAGAUGUUACUAAACGUUUUAAUGAAUAUGCUUUAUAUAUCAGUUAAUUCUUUUU